CGCGGGACAGGAAGAAGCACGGAAGAAAAGAAAAAAGAUGGCAGACAUUCAGCACGGCCUGAAAAGGAUAGUUUGGAAAAGAAUACAAGACACAAUUAUUACAGACUGCAGAAAAUCUGAAAUAUGGAAGGUAUUGAUUCUGGAUCCUUUUACCACCAAGCUCCUCUCAUCAUGCUGCAAAAUGUCCGAUCUGAUGUCAGAGAAAAUAACAAUUGUGGAGGACCUCUUCAAAAGCAGGGAGCCUGUCCUGGAAAUGAAGGCCAUCUACUUCAUGACGCCAACCGCUAAGUGUGUGGAAGCCUUCAUUGCGGAUUUCAAGCACAAACCCAAGUAUAAAGCAGCAUAUGUUUAUUUCACUGACUACUGUCCCGACGACCUGUUCAACAAUAUGAAGCUGCACUGUGCAAAGUACAUACGAGUCUGUAAGGAAAUCAACAUGUCCUUCAUGCCGCAAGAGGCACAAGUGUUCACGUGUGAUAAUCCGAAGGCUUUCAAGAGUAUCUACAGUCCAAAGAGUCAGGACAAAAAGAAGACACUGGAGACACUCGCAGACCAGCUCGUCACGCUCUGUGCCACGUUGGAUGAGUACCCAGGGGUCAGAUACAAGAAGGACAACAACAUGGAGAACGCCAAGACCCUGGCAGAGCUGGUGGACAGCAAGCUGGCUGAACACUAUGAGCUGGAUGACAGUGGCAAGAAAAAGGGUAAGACCCAGGCCCAGCUGCUGAUAGUGGAAAGAGGAUUUGACCCCGUCAGCCCGAUCCUGCACGAGCUGACCUACCAGGCCAUGGCCUAUGACCUCAUUGAUAUCCAGGAGGACACCUACAAGUACAAGUCUAAAGAUGGCUCAGAGAAGCAGGCCCUGCUGAAUGAGGACGACAUGCUUUGGGUGAAGCUGAGGCACAAGCACAUUGCUGAGGUCUCGGAACAAAUUCCCAAGAUGGUAAAGGAAAUAUCUGCUAGCAAGAAACAGCCAGAUGGGAAGAUCACAAUGAGUAAUUUGGCUCAAAUGAUGAAGAAGAUGCCUUCAUUCCGUAAACAGCUGACAGAGAAAACCGUUCAUCUGCAGUUGGCCGAGGACUGCAUGCAACAAUUCUCAAACAACGUGGAGAAACUCUGCAAAGCUGAACAGGACCUUGCAGUGGGGGCAGACGUGGAUGGGGUGAAGGUGAAAGAUCCCAUGAGGACCCUGCUGCCUGUGCUGCUCCACCCAUACAGCACCUACGACAAGAUCAGAGCUGUGCUGCUCUACAUCUUCAGCCUCAGCGGAACAACAGACGAGAACUUGAACAAACUCAUCCAACAUGUAAAGAUCGAGGAUGAACGAGAGUUUAUCCUGAACUGGAAAGAACUGGGCGUGCCUAUCAUCACAUCGCCGAGUUUCUUCUCUCGCAAACCUACCAGACGGGAUCGUUCCCAGGACCAGACGUACAGCCUUUCCAGAUGGACUCCUGUCAUAAAAGAUGUGAUGGAGGAUGCCGUGGAGAACAAACUGGACACCAAAGAGUGGCCCCACCAGUCUGAGUGUCCCGCUGCCUGGAAUGGCUCCGGGGCUGUCAGCGCCCGCCAGAAGCACAAAGCCAGCACACAGGAUGAACGCCGGGGUGGCUCACGCCUCAUCAUCUUUGUUAUAGGAGGAAUCAGCUUCUCUGAGAUGCGCUCAGCCUACGAGGUCACCCAGGCAGUCAAAUCCUGCGAGGUCAUCAUAGGGUCUUCCCACAUUUUGACCCCCACGAGUCUCCUGGAUGACAUCAAGGCCCUAAGCAACGGCCCCAUGGAGACUUUCACAAUAGAGGAGAGGAGCAAUGCCUGAGAGGAGGAGCAAUGCCUGACUCCACCCCCCACCCCCCCCCACCCCCACCCCCUUCCCGUCUCCCUACAUUUCAUAUCACACAGCACAGUGCACUCAACUCAACUUCCUGAAUGGAAGACUGAAGGGAAUUUACCUUAUACUCAUCUUUACGUUUUAAUACUCUUUUCAAAUCUAAUGCACAUUUACGGUAGGUAUGAGGAAAAAUUCUCUUCUAAGCAGAUUUCCAUGUUGAAAAGCUUUUGCCACAAGACUGUGGUCUGCUUAUGGUGUUUAUACACAGCUUUAUGUUGACAUUAAAUAAUAUAGAUCAUAUUAAAAGUGAAUUGACCUCAUCCUACUAAGAGCUUUUUAAGUAAAAAUCUGCUCAUCUUUGUUUGCCUUUGUCCUUAAGAAAAUACUUGUGAUGUUUCAUGUUAAAAGACCUGAGAAACUCAGAGACAAACUGGAUGGAGGGAAUUAGCACAAAGCUAAUGUAUAUACUGUAUGUAAGCACUGAGUCCCUGCUCUACCAUUUUGACUUUUUCAGUCACUGCUGUUUAAAAACACUUAAUGUAAUUUUGAAGAGUGUUUUUAACAUAGAAUAUUUACGUUUUUCCUGUAUUGAACAACUGACUAAUAAAUGGAUGAAGUGGU